UAGGGGAAGUUCCUCAACAUCUGCACAGUGGACAGUACAGUGGUUCGUGCCAGGUAGACCAGCAGAACAGCUCGCAGUUCAGAGCAACCAGGGAUUUCUUUUGAAGAUCACACAACUCCGCCAACAUGCCUAAGUGUCCAAAGUGUACUAAGGAAGUGUACUUUGCUGAGAGGGUGACAUCGCUGGGGAAGGACUGGCACAGGCCCUGUCUGAAGUGUGAGAAGUGCAACAAGACCCUGUCAGCAGGCUCACAUGCUGAGCAUGAGGGGAAGCCCUACUGCAAUAACCCCUGUUACGCUGCGCUGUUCGGACCUAAAGGGUUUGGGCGUGGCGGCGCUGAGAGCCACACAUAUACUAAAUAGACCUUGACUCAGUUCAUCAACCUUGAAGAGCAGACAUUUGACGAAGAAGAAGAAUCAGCUAAACGAAACAAUAAUGAAUAAAACAAUGUUACAAAAUAAACCAUCCUGUUUUGGAACUAGUGUAUAUUAUUGUUAACAUUUAUUGUGGAAUGUCAUUGGAUGUGAUACCACAUGGCUAAUGUUCUUAGGGGUUUCAUUGUCAGUUUUUAACAUUCCUCAUCCUUUUUUAAAAUAAACAUCUGGUUUGUAAUUUCA